UCAAUUCGCUUACGAUAUUAUAAUUUUAGUAAAACAAACACGUGAAAUUUCAAUUAUUGUUUUGAGAAAUAUUUCAGGCUGUUCGGUAAUACAAUUUUAACACUUUAAAGCAAUAUGUUCCGCAUGCCACCACAAAUUGAUCCAGCUGAGGAGAAGAAGCGUGUUAAAGCAGAUGUUCGAAACAAUUUCGUUUUCUUCGUGGUUUUAUGCGUAGCCAUCCGAAUUGCUCCUUUUGCUUUGGGCAAAAUAAAGGCAUAGCGCUUCUUCCAGCUGAAAGUCUUUUUUCCUAAAUGGGCUUAUUUACCGUUGAAUGAAAGGGUGGAAAGCUACUAAUAGCUCACGACCCUAUUGAAACCAUUGUUAUAUAUCAAACAUUUAUUUAACUACUGUCCAAUUGUUUGAUGAGAAAAUUAAGUGAUAGUUUCAUUAUAAUAUAAAGAUACUUUGUGAUGUAUGUAUGUUACAUCAUUAA